CUUCUUCUCAACAAGAGAAGCCAUCGUGCGCAAAUGUGAGACUGUCGAAAGCCCUGGAAAGUGUAGCAACGGCAGAGCAAACCUCAAUGGUCGAUGUUGUGGGAUUCGAUGCGCCGUGGACAGCGGCAGAACAUUCGAGGCACCGUGACUCAAACUGGAGCUGCUCCUCCACCGCAAACCCCGUCCAAGCAUUCACCUCUUAGCGCGCCAGUGUUCUGCUCAAUCAAAGCUGUCUAAGGCGUUUGCGGUAUUGAUAACAAAGCCCAAUACGAACAAGUGGUCAAUCAGAAGUUCUUUGCUCGAUAAUCAGGUUCUGCGGUCAAGCGUGCGAGGUGGGAUGGGACAAAGGUGAUGGCAACCUCUCGCGCCGAGGACUCCAGCAAUCGCAACGCAACGCGCCCAGCAACGCACGGCAUCAAACGAUCUGCGGCAGAUCCUCUCGAAAACGACCAGCGACUAGCAAAGCGCUUCGAUCUUCUAAACAUAGACCAUCAUGGGAAGCGAUAUAUCCCCAUCGCCGCAUACGGACAACAAGAACGACAUCCUGAAAAUGCGCAACAGUCGGAACCACGAGCGGACGCAAACUCCAGCACAGAAUACAUGCAGGUAGAAGACACGCCGCACAAAGUUUACGUCUAUGACUUGGACAAGGAGCUUGCAGAUCUCGAAUCGGAUGACGAGACUCCCAUCUUCCUUCCCGAUAUCGAGAAACACCUGAUCAAGAUACCCAAGCAUGUUCUUCGCGACGAGAAAGAGCUAUUGCCUACCAGGACAAACCAACUAGUUCUAUACAAUGUCCCAUCUUCGCUGACCGUGCAGGAGGAGGAACAAGACAAAGUAAAAAAGGCUAUUGCUGAAGCAAGAGCUAGAGUGAAGGAUUGGCCAGCCACUCAGCCGAACAAGUUUACCGACUACAACAUGACCGUCGGCAGCCAUUUAGCAAGGGACCCCCCGAGUAAACCUACAGGAUGGCAAACAGCCGAAUGUGACUCCGAGGCCAUGGAUAUCGAAGAGCUGUAGCGGGGAUACCGAUAUGUAGUCUAUAUUUAUGAAGUUAUUGCAUAUCUACCAUAUUUCAGUCUAGCCAAAUGUAGAUAUUCGCAGUUGUACUUUGCAGAAACUGUGUCGCAUGUGAAGUUGCUGCCGAAACAGAAAACAGUAUGCCUCCUUCAAUGAUAAAUAUAUCGAAG